CUUCUACUGAUUUGCAACCCACAGGUUAAGAACAGUUAGUUUAAACAAUAAAUCUAACAGGACACACCUAGGUAACAAGAAACACCUGUCAAUCAUGUUCCAAUAUUUUUGCUCACCUACAAAUUGCGUGUUCUGGUAAAUGUGUGCUAUGUUCUAUGUCUUUUGACAUAUCUACAUAUAAAUACCAGAAAAUUAAAGCUGAAAUUCUACACUCUAUUUUCAUGUUCAUCUUUUCAUCUCAAACACAAAUGUCUUCAGUCUACAAAAACAAAUAAUUGGCCUUGCCGUUCCAGUAGUUUCAGAAGGGACUGUAUACUAUCUAGGCACACACACCACACAUCCCAAUAUAUUCUGCAUAUUUUGUAUAUAUGCUGUAUUUGUAAAUAAUCUCUUUCCUGUCUCUUCUUCCCCCUUUUAUCUUCUGAUAUAUUUUAUGUUUGUAUUGCACAGCUGUAGUGUACCUGAGGCUCAUAAUAAGCAUUUCAAUGUACAAUUGUCACUGAUAAUUUGUGCACAUGACAAAUAAUCUUGAAACUCUGGAACUCAGUGACCUCCUGACUCUUUUUCUUUCCUCAAUACAUAGGGCUCUUUUUAAUGACAACACAGUGUUUUCAAUUGUUAUGGGCUGGUUGAUGCUGGUGUGUUGGUAUUUUGUUUGAAUGCAAUCCAGUUUUUUACAGUUGAAUUAAUGCUCUGCACUUACAUGAAUGGAAUGUCUCAAAAGGGGGUGUGACAUAUGAAAUUUCCCUGUGCGGUGUGAUUAUUUCAAACCAAAUUUGGUUAAAAUGUGUUACUGUCUUGUACACUUUGUCCUAUUUCUUAAAACCUGGUUUUGUGACACUCACUAUUUAUAUAUUCCCAUUUCAACAUAAACAGGCUAGUUAUUGGUUAUUUCGACCAUUAAAUAUUGCUACAAAAUCUGUAAUUGAUUGGGUAUUGAAGUAAUCCUUUUAACCACACAUUCAUAAUCAGAUUCUUGAUAAUUUAUUCAUUUGAACCUAUUUUUACAAAUAAAUAUACACUAUGCCAAUAUGUUAUCUCCAUCCAUCUUCUAUACCGCUUAUCCUUCCUUCAGGGUCACGGGGAAACCUGGAGCCUAUCCCAGGAAGCAUCGGGCACAAGGCAGGGUACACCCUGGACAGGGUGCCAAUCCAUCACAAGGCACAAUCACAGCCAAUAUUUUAUGUGUAAAAAUAAAAACAAUAGAGCACAAACACUUUUAUAUAGAGACCAAAUCAGUGGUCAUUUGAUUAGGCUGUUACACAUCAGAUGAGGCUUUAGCACUGCUUUAACACUGUUCAUGCUCCAGUAGAAAUGGAGCAGGUUCAGCACUCGCAGCAUCUGCAGACAGGGUCAGACAUCUUGUCCUAUAUCAAAAAAGACCCUCCGUUCUCUCCAUUUGCCAUGGUUCAGUCCCUCCCUUUUUCUGUAUUGGCAUGAGGAGAGAAAGGAAGUGAGACAGACAUAGGUGGGGGGUUGCAACUCUAAAAUGGUCACGUGGGAUCCUCCUCUAAGUACAUGAUUAUGUCAGAGGGACACCAUCAAUGCAUUCACAGCAGACUGGAGCAGCAGACCCCCUCCCACUCACAUGCAUGCGGGUGCAUUUUACCAUCACACAGAGCUAGCAGUGGAAUGGAAGACAGAGAAGACUCUUGCUCUAUUUUCACCAUUCGUUUGUAUAAUGUUUCUCCAUGGGGGCUUCAGGCAAGGCAAAGAGUGUGUCCUUUGUUGCUAUUUGCCUGUCUUUUAAUGUGAUGGACUAGCUAUUGCUCUCCUUGCAAGCCUCAGCUGGACUCCCCUCCAAUCCUUUGCAGGUACGUGUAAUGGAAAUUGAAGCCAUUGUUGGCCCAUUUCUCUUACAACUCCAUUUAAUCUUGCAGAAAAUCUCUGGCAUGGAAAUGCAGCGCUAAUAAAUCAUUGUGGGAGACAGAGCAACAAGAAAGCAGUUCAGCAGUCUGAGAAAAUGACAGAUAGACUCUGACAGAUGGGAGUACGGAUUUGCAUCAAGAAUGCAAUAUGGAAAACAAAGAAAUUUUUAGGGGGACAUCAGGGAAAUUCAUCUUUGAUUUUUGGAGGUUUUACAGGAAGCAAUGACACGUACAGAGGAUCACUGCACAGCACCAGCAUCUGUUAUCUGAAAGCACAAGCACUGGUCUGAGAAAGCAAAUUUCUACUGAGGUCUGAUGAAGUAUUGCUGUUAUUGAAAAGAUCUGGAGCAGUGUGUCCCAGAAAUCCUCAUCGGCAACAUGUCAUUCGUUCUCUAGCUCCGCCUGGGCUCCAAACAUACCCAUCUGCCCAACGUCUACCGUCAGAUAACCCUCAGGCUUCUCAUAACACAUGUUUAACCUCACUAAAUAGCACCACCAUACUUUCCAAAGCAGCACAUAUCUGUAACAUGCAGUGGCGACGGCGACACUGCUGUUCGAUCAAGAUGACAUGGAGUAUCAAGCGGUCACUCUUCCGUAUGCACAUGAUUGGCCUGCUUUUCCUGGCCUUACUGUUCACCAUCUUUCUCAGCUGCAAAGACUGGCUACCCAGUCAACCAGGACUACGAGAAAAUGCUGUGGCCUACACAAUGCAUGGCUUACAUCCAGUAAAGGAACAUGCUGAGGGCAACCAAAGCUCACUGCCAAGCCUCUGGAGGGAGUCACUUGUUCCUUCUAAGCCACCUAUGAACUUUAGUUCUCACCAAUCAGAGGUUGCAGUCCAAAGCAUCUCAGGAAUGGAAGCAUCUCUCAGCACUAACAAAACAAAUGGCAAUACCUUGCACAGAGAAAUGGGUGUGGGAGAGCAGCUGGCACCUAAUCCAUACCAGUAUUUGCUGAAUGAGCCCUACAAAUGUCAAGACAGCAGCCCCUUUCUCAUUCUGCUCAUUGCAGUAGAGCCAGAGGACGUGGAGGCCAGGAAUGCCAUCAGGCAAACAUGGGGAAACGAGAGCAUGUUCAUGGGCGUGGGCUUUGUGCGUCUCUUUCUCAUGGGUAGGAAAAGCAGUCCUGAUGGCCAACUUCAGAACAGCAUUGUAGAAGAAAGCUUCCAGCAUCAUGAUAUCAUACAACAAGACUUCAUGGACACCUACUACAAUCUUACCAUCAAGACACUGAUGGGCAUGAACUGGGUUGCCGAGUACUGUCCUCAUACCAGGUAUGUCAUGAAGACUGAUAGCGACAUGUUUGUCAAUACAGAGUAUUUAAUCCAAAAGCUGCUGAAGCCAGAGUUACCACCUCAGCACAACUACUUUACCGGCUACCUAAUGCGAGGUUACGCACCAAAUCGCAACAAAGACAGCAAGUGGUACAUGCCUCCAGAGCUCUAUUCCAGUGAGAGGUACCCUAUCUUCUGUUCUGGCACAGGGUAUGUGUUCUCUGGAGACAUGGCAGGCAAGAUAUACCAGGCAUCAUUAAGUAUACGUCGUCUGCAUCUUGAGGACGUCUAUGUUGGGAUCUGUUUAGCAAAACUGCAUAUUGAUCCUGUGCCACCACCAAAUGAGUUUCUCUUCAACCACUGGAGAGUUUCCUACUCAAGCUGCAAAUACAGUCACCUUAUCACUUCCCACCAAUUUCAGCCCAGUGAACUCAUCAAGUACUGGAACCACUUGCAGAGCAACAAGCACAAUGCUUGCAUCAACAUGGCAAAGGAGAAGAGUAGCAAAUUACAUCACAGGAGAAUGGAAUGGGAAAGGCUUCAGCGAUGACCACAAGCAUGACUCAGUGCAACAAUAUAUUUUAAAGCAUGUGUGAAACCAAUCAGUACACUAAUAUAAGAAAGAGCACAGUUUCUGUCAUAAUGUAAAGUCAAUUAAAACUAUUUUUUAAAUUUGAUAGAUGUUAUGUAUUGUAAAUCUAUGUAGCUAUUUUUAAAAAGGGGUGUGAGGUAAAUAUAUAGCAUGCACAAAAGUAUCAUAGGUGAGAUCACCUUUUCAGGUGCCAUGAAAAAUUACAAUGCAACAAUUUCUCUCCGAAUAUUUAUUAA